AGUUUCCAAGUGUAUUUAAAACCCGGAAAAUCCUGAAAGAUUUGAGGCUUUGCAGUUGCAGGGCGUUGCACUGAAAACCCAAAAAGACAAGACCGACAACCUCGGAGAAUUGCUUUCAACGGUGACAAGUCAUCUUUUAGCCAGUCCCUGAACCAUACUACGAUACGAUACCCAGAUCAUUGAAAAAAAACCCAGUACUUGGACUUGGAUCUACUUCUCAUUUACAUCACUGAAUCUGGGUAUUUUUUCUUCCAUUCAAGAAGAUGAUGCAGAGUAAGGGAUCCAAUAGCAAAGUAUCAAAUAUGGUGUUUCGAACACGAAUCUCUUCGUUGUUGAUCUCCAUGUUCGCCAUUUUUGCUUCUUUUUAUGUUGCCGGCAGAUUAUGGCAGGAUGCACAAAACAGGGCUUAUUUGAUAAAGGAACUUGAUAGAGUAACAGGGCUGGGUCAAUCUGCUAUAUCAGUGGAUGAUACUUUGAAAAUCAUUGCUUGCAGGGAACAACACAAGACAUUAUCUGCCCUUGAAAUGGAUCUAGCUAUAGCUAGACAAGAGGGUUUUACUUCUAAGCGUUCAUCGGAUACUAGCGGGGCUGUUUCAAAGAGAAAGCCGCUGGUAGUAAUCGGAGUUUUAACGAGAUUUGGCCGUAAAAACAACAGAGAUGCUAUACGUAAGGCUUGGAUGGGAAGCGGUGAAACAUUGAAGAAAAUGGAGAAAGAAAAAGGUGUAGUUUCACGAUUUGUCAUCGGGAGAAGUGCCGACCGUGAGGACAAUUUAGACAGGAGCAUCGAUGAUGAAAAUAGGCAAACAAAUGACUUUAUCAUUCUCGACCAAGUCGAAGCACCCGGAGAGCUUCCAAAGAAAGUCAAAAUGUUUUUUGCUCUUGCUGCAGAUAAAUGGGAUGCUGAUUUUUACGCAAAAGUCAAUGACGAUGUUUAUGUAAAUAUCGAUGCCUUGGGAGCUACACUUUCAUCUCAUCUCGACAAACCUCGUGUUUAUAUUGGCUGUAUGAAAUCUGGCCUAGUUUUCUCAGAACCGAGCCAUAAAUGGUAUGAACCAGAUUGGUGGAAGUUUGGUGAUAAAAAAUCAUAUUUUCGCCAUGCUUCUGGCGAAAUGUAUGUCAUAUCAGGUGCUUUGGCUAAAUUUAUUUCGAUAAAUAGAUCUCUUCUGCGCACAUAUGCCCAUGACGAUGUCAGUGCUGGGUCGUGGUUUAUAGGUCUCGAUGUCAAACAUGUAGAUGAAGGGAAGUUUUGUUGCUCAUCUUGGUCCACAGGAGCUAUUUGUUCUGGAGUUUGAGUUUAUUUACCGAUCCCGGAAAAGCAAUACGAGCCCCAAUGCUAUAUAUAUGAGAGGUUGUAUCUUAUUUUGAUAAAAGAAUUGCUCCUUAGAGUUUUGAUUAGAGGGCUUAUUACUUGCUCAAUACAAGUUGUUUUAAACUGCCAUAUGAUGAGCCAUUGAGAGCAUAGUUUGAAAUUGACACAGUGAAGGGGCUUAUAGAUAAUAGUAGAUUUAAGAGGGUUAUAUUAUUCAUUUUUCUUGUAUAAGUUCAUUCUUUUAUACAGAUAGAACAUAUUGGAUACAUGAUUUAUUCUAAUGUUAGGCAUUGUUUGGAUUAAUAUAUUAAGUAAAUCUAUCUUACCCGGACUCGAAA